AUGCAUUUGGUUGUCCGAUACCUUCAUGUUCCUCAUUGCUGCUCUCAAUGCGUGGAGUAUGGUCAUUGCGAGGGAGAGGGAACGAAAUGUAAGGUUGUUCAAAUUAAUGUGGGGAAGGAUCUUUUUAUUGCGGAAGCUAUGACUGAGGAGGUGGCUUGGGUCACUAAGCCAUUGCAAGCUGCUGAUGUGGCCAGUUCUUCGUCAGUGUCCUCGGAUCCUGUACAAGAACAAGCUAUGGUGGUCACUGCUCCCCCAGUGGCUAGCUCGGGUCCUGUUGCAGGCUAA